GGCGAAACCAAGAUUACACAGUCAAAUCACAAAGUCAUAACAAUAUAUAUAAAAAAAACAACAAAGAGAGCAGAAACUUACAAAAAGAAAUAUAAUGAAUCUGGCUGCGAUCUUCUUGGCUUAUUGUGUCUUAUUCUCUCUUCUCCCAAGCCAUCAUCUUUCACAAGGUGAAGAACCAAGCUUGACCACUGCUCAGAGAAGGCCAUGGUGCCCAUCGAAAAAGCAAGUGUUCGGUGGUUCAUGCUCAAACGAUGGAGGACAACAAUGUCUAAAUGACUUAUUAAGCACAUGGUAUCCAAGUGUAAGGCUAAGCCCAAUCUACUGCACUUGCACUCCUAAACGUAACAACAAGCGUCUUUGCACUUGUCCUAUUAUGAUUUGCCCCUAGAAAACUUCUAUUUUCCCUGAAACUUGUCGAGAACUGGAGAUGAAUAGAACUGGCCACGUUGAAGAGACAUGGAAGCAGAGCAGUAGCGUUGAUGUUGCUAACGCAUCUGCCUAGACCGCGUUGUAGCUCAAAUGCAUUUCGCAUUUCGGUAUUGAGUCGAAUCUCGUCUAUUCCCAUUAAUCUGUUUCUUUUUGUUUUUAUUUCUCACAAAGAGUCCACAUCACAGAUGGAUUCCAUAUUGUAUAGUUCUAUGAUUAUGUUUGUUGACUAAUGUUACAAAAAGAAAGAGAAAAUUAUAAAUAAAAGAUUUUGUG